ACUUCCGGUUCUACUUUACACCAGUUAGUUACUCGCUCACUUUUUUCUCUCUCCUUUUAAGCCUUGCUAUUGUGGGAGGCUCAGAGGAGUUGGCGUCCAAGUCGGCCUACUUCUUCCAGGCGUAGCCGCUCAGCGUCGGUCACGUCCGGCCCAUGGCGCCUAUGCUCGACAGGAACGCGGAGGCGGCGGCGGUAGCGGGCAAGAGGCGAGGUCGCGGCCCCGGAGCGGCGGUCAGCAUCGGCGGGAAGAGUGUGUCCGGUAAUGGAAUCAGCAGCCGGGGCUGCUGGGAAGAUGGAAGUUCAGGCUGCAGUAGUGACGACGAGAACGGUGGAGGGAUGCGGGUCGGAUCGCAAUAUCAAGCCGUGGUUCCAGAUUUUGACCCGGAGGUGGCGAAGGCGUGCCAGCUUUCUCAUAGUGUGGGCUUGUUGGUGUGGAGUCCCAGCAACAGUGUUCAGCAGAGUCAACUUGACGAAUACAUCACCAUCGCCAAAGACAAACAUGGAUACAACAUGGAACAGGCCCUGGGCAUGCUGUUCUGGCACCAGCACGACGUGGAGAAAUCGCUGGCCGACCUGCCCAACUUCACGCCGUUUCCCGACGAGUGGACGGUGGAGGACCGCGUCCUGUUCGAGCAGGCCUUCAGCUUCCACGGGAAGAGCUUCCACCGCAUCCAGCAGAUGCUGCCUGACAAGUCCAUGGCCAGCUUGGUGCGCUUUUACUACUCAUGGAAGAAAAGCCGCAACAGAAGCAGCCUGAUGGAGAGGCAGAGCCGCAAAGUCAAGCGAGAGCGAGACGACAGCGACGAUGAUGGUCAGGAGCAUCACGCCAGCGAUCCCGAGUCCGGUCAUGCUCAAGAAGACAGCAAGGAGGGAGCGGAGCGUUCUGAGCCGAAAGCUGCCGCGGGACUCAAAUCGUCAGGUGUCAAAGGUGCCCACCGGGCCAAGACCCGCCCCCCCAGAGGAAUGUUCCUGAAGCAGGAGGACGUGAUCUCGCUGUCCAGCUCCUGCGCUCACAGCGUCCUACGCCAGCUGGACGUUCAACUGACCGCCGCCAAGCGACAGGUCCAGAGCAUCAAGCAGUCCAACAGCGCUCUCAAGGAGAAACUGGACUCCGGAGUGGACCAAUUCCGACAACCUGAGGUGAGCAGUAAAGUGAAUGGUCGCUGGAGCUCGGAUGAGCAGCUUCUGGCGGUUCAAGCCAUCAGGAAGUACGGGCGAGACUAUCAGGCCAUCUCAGACGUGAUCGGCAACAAGUCGGUCGUGCAGGUAAAGAACUUCCUGGUCAACUACCGCCGCCGCUUCAACUUGGACCAGGUGCUGCAGGAGUGGGAGGCAGAGAAUGGCGUGGAGGGCGAAGCUGCGCCCGACGACGACAAGAUGGAGGCGGUGGGGCCCGGCGAGGAAGAUGCAGAUGACCAGCUGACUCCGCCGGCCGCAGACCUUUGACCCCGUGUUAAUGUGUGUGGAUGUUUGACUGCGCCCUCUAACUUUGCUUUUUUUUUUUCUUGAAAAAUUGUUUCAAUUUGACUUGUGAACUUUAUCUGUUGCCAUGGCAAAAUUACUUUAGAACCUAAACGGAGCUGCCAUAGUUUAAUUAAAUCAAUCUGAAAGGAGCUCACUUUUCAUUUUAUUUUUAUGGUGAGGUUUUUGAGCCAAUCAGAACAUCUCAUGAUGUUUAAUUGCUAUUUUUAAAAUAAAAUAACUGCCAUAGUUUUACUCAA